AUAAUAAUCCUUGUUAGUUGUUAUUAAAUUUUUAGUAGGUAAGACCUAAGGGAAAUGAGAUGGAUGAUCAGACAAAAACUUUAAAGUAUCUGGUAUCAGUAGAAAAAUUAGCGGAUGAAAUUUUAAGUGACAAACGUGAAAUAGUAUUAUUGGAUAAAAGGAGAAAUCAAAACCGGGAAGCUUUGAGGGACCUGGCAAAAUCCGAACAAAAGAAAUGUUGGGUUACCGUUGGUUCUGUGCUUGUUAAACACAAUAUGGAGUCAACAAAAUCAUUGCUAGAAGCAGAUCAGAAACAACUUGAUAUAGAUAUUAACACAUUACGUAGUAAUCUUAAAGUAAAAGUUAACAAUUUAAGGGAUUUGGAAAUGCAAGCCCCUGUGCCUGGUCUAAUGUUAGUUCCAAUGUCAAACAGGGAAACUGAAGCUUUGUCUAAGAGUGGAUUAAUUCAUUGAUUUAUCUAGAAUGUAUUACUGCCUUAAUUCUUUGUUUAGGUUAUAUGAAUUUUGGCAUCUCUUUAAGCCUCUAGAAUUUCAGGUUCGAUAGUAUCAGAUCAAAACUCAUCAAAAUGUGGAUAUAAUUUACGAGAUAAAUGUAUACACUGUUUUUGUCUAAUAUAAAUUGUCACAUUGAUGACUAUUAUGAGCGACAUUAGAGAUUAUGAUUGGCUUCAGAAAUUUUAACUAUAAUGGUUAGAUUAUUAAGAGUCGCAACUUAGCUGUAAAUACAUUGUCUAAUUCAAUGUUUUUGACAUAUGAUAGACACCUAGCACUAAAUGUCAACUCUGAAUCCUAGCGUGCAUGUAUUCCACCAAUGGAGGUUAUGAUUUGCAAUUAACAAGAUUCAUAUCUUAGUACUCAAAGACUGACAAUGUGUGGACAAUAAACAGAUGUAGAAUUCUAAGGCCAUUAUGCAUGGGGGGUAUCACUGAUUGUUGUUAAAAAAAACAUAUUUUGUAUAAUUAAAAUAAAACAAAAGAUAUAAAUA